UGGUUGGCUGUCAGUGUCAAUAUCAGUGUCGUGAGUUUAUUUUCAGCGAUCUUUCUAAUAAAUCAUCAAAAAACAUGAAAUAAAAGAUAACAUAAAAUCAACUUACAAUUUUUAAGUAUAUUUGCAAUUGCAAUAAUGACAUCUGCAUUUUCUUCGUAUACCUUUAAAAUCAACUCCGUUUUCAAAGAAUUUAUUCGAAAUGCUAGCAAAAAGACCGGUGGUAGUACAAAGAAUACAAACUGUAAAGUAAAGCCCAAGCACAGGGGUUGGAAAGUUCAAGAUGGUCAUUUUGUUCAGGCUGGUCAUAUGCUUGCAACACAAUUAAAACCAAGAUUCCAUCCUGGAUUAAACGUUGGUUUUGGUCGCAACGGUACACUGUUUGCUAUGGAGGCUGGCAGAGUAGUCGUUACUUGUGAGAAGUUCGAGCCUAACUGGGAACAUACCUGGGUACAGCGCAUAUAUGGAGGCCGCCAACAACAAACUAUUCUGAAAAAAUAUUUCAAUAUUAUUCCUGAACCACAACACAAUCGCUUCAAACUUAUUGAUGAAGUUUGAGGUUAAAGUAUGAUCUUAGUCAUAGUUAUAAAAUAAUUAUAAGAGAGAUUUA